AUGAGAAUCAACUCAUUCAAGGUUAACUUCACCACCGCUGGCAGCUCAGGCGCAAAAGUCGACGACAACAAUCCUAUUCUCACCUUGGGCACCGCCAAGCUCCAAGUCGACGAGGAAACCAAAACAGGCACCUUCCUAGUCGACAAGUCCAAGCUCCCUGCUCGUCCUUACAGCUCCGAACCCGAACCGAUCCUCGUGGGCCCGGAGGACCCGACGGAUCUGCAACAAGUCAUCCGGAAGGUGGAGUCCUCCGAAUGCAUUCUCAGCAAUGUGGUCAAGAUGUAUGACGCUCUAUUCACAGAAGGCCACGAGUUCGAGUUUACGGAGAUGAAAGCUCAUAUCGACCAGGGUUUCUUGCCGAUGGUGGUGGUCUACACCGGCGUCAUGGAGGAGUACGCCGCCGCCGGAAAGACGAGGGAUGUUCUCAAGGUGUACCGGCGCAUGUUGAACUACGGGAUCAGCCCUAACAGCUACACUUACAGGAUUCUCAUCAAGGCACUGGCGGAUGAUCCGGACGUCAAGUUUCUCGAAGAUGCGAAGAAGUACCUGAUGGAGAUGAUGGACAUGGCGUUGCGUCCCGAUGCGGUGGCGUACACGGCUGUGUUCAAGGCGUUUGCUCGUCGGGAGAAGGUGGUGGAGGGGAGGAGGUUUUUGGAGGAGAUGAAGCGGAAGGGGUUUGUGGCGGAGGAGAAUCAAGUAAGGGAGGUUCUCGACGGCAGGAAAGGACGUAUAGUCAAGAAUCUCUUCGACAUUCUAUUUGGCAAGUAG